AUGGCACCACAACAAGCUCUUCUCGAUGCCGAGCUAACAUUCUCCUCGCCGCCUUUCAGCACAUUGCUGGACGCACGCGUGCUCCGGGCACUCGCCGACCUCAAGUUUGCCCACCCAACACUCGUGCAAGCCAAGGCCAUCCCUCUCCUCCUCGAGGGCAAAGAUGUGCUCGCCCGCGCCCGCACAGGCAGCGGCAAGACGGCGGCGUACGUCGUGCCCGCCGUCCAGCGUAUCCUCGAGGCCAAGAUUGCCGAGGAACCCACCUCGCCCACGUACCAGGUGACGCGGGCGGUCGUGCUGGUCCCAACCCGCGAGCUCGCGAUCCAGGUCACAAACUUUGUCAAAGCGCUCACGGUGUAUGCCGAGGGCGUUGUGUCUGUCGUCAACGUCGCUGCCGGUGGCGCCAACAUCCAGCGCGUCCUCCUCAACGAUAACCCCGAUGUGGUUGUCGCCACGCCAACCAAGCUCCUCGCCCUGCUGCAGAGCAAGAGUGUCGACCUCGCACACCUCGCCUUCUUGGCUAUCGACGAGGCCGACCUCCUCCUCUCGUACGGCCACAAGGACGACCUGAGCCGUAUCCUCGACCCCGCGAUGAACUUUGUCCCCAAGCUCGGCACGCAGGCGUGUCUCAUGAGCGCGACGCUCAGCGAGGAGAUCAACAGCAUCAAGGGCCUCGUGCUCCGCAACCCCGCUAUCCUCACCCUCUCGGAGCCCGCCACUGCAUCCUCGCUCCUCACCCAGCACUUUACGCACACUUCUGAGGGCGACAAGUUCCUCCUCAUCUUUGUACUGCUCAAGCUCAAGCUCAUCAAGGGCAAGUCGAUCAUCUUUGUCAACGACAUUGAGCGCGGGUACCGCGUCCGUCUGUUCUUGGAACACUUUGGCAUCAAGUGCUGCGUCGUCAACUCGGAGCUGCCAUUGGCUUCUCGAUACCACGUCGUCGAGGAGUUCAACCGUGGUGUGUAUGACGUCGUGAUUGCCACGGACGAGGCCAACCCCGACGAUGUCGAGAAGGAGGCUGCGGAGGAGGAAGAGGAGGAGCAGGAGGAGGAAGAGGAAGAUGCUGAGGGCGACGACGAGGACGAUGAGGCUCAGGAGGAGGCGGACGAGGCUGAGGAAACUACCGACACCAACGCUGAGGCCGGACCUUCCAAGCGCCGCGCCACCUCCCCACCAGCUGGUGCACCGCGCAAGAAGAAGCGCGGCCCCGGCAACUCGAUGGCGCGCGGUAUCGACUUCACCGCCGCGUCAUCCGUCAUCAACUUCGACCUUCCCACCACCGCCACCGCCUACCUCCACCGUGUUGGCCGGACUGCGCGUGCAGGGCACUCGGGCCUUGCCCUCUCCUUCGUUGUGCCCAAGGACAAGUGGGGGAAAGACAAGGGUGUGUCGCUGAAGACUGCGAAGCGAGACGAGGAAGUAUUCAACCGGAUCAAGGCGCGCGUCAAGGCCGAGUCCGACGCAGAGAUCAAGGAGUGGGACUGGGGAGGUCGCCGCGGCGAGAUCGAAGGCUUCAGGUACCGCAUGGAGGACGCGCUGCGCGCCGUCACCUCGAAGCGCGUACAGGAUGCGCGGCGAGAGGAAGUCCGCCGCGAACUCCUUAACUCGGAGAAGCUCAAGCAGCACUUCGCCGCUAACCCGCUCGACCUCGCAUUCCUGCGCCACGACGCGCCGCUUCAUGCCGGCCGUACCAGCAAGCAUCUCAAGCACGUCCCGGGAUAUCUGAUGCCCAAGAUUGCAGCAUUGCCGACUGGCGGCGACGUGGGCGACGGGCGACACAUCCCGUUCGCGAAGCGUGGGCGGGGUGGUGGACGUGGACGAGGCGGACGCGGAGGACGCGGAGGCAAGGGACGUAAGGUCGACCCGCUCAAGUUCAAGUCAUAG